UAUGUUUCAAAUUUGACUAAAUUGAUAUUCAGGAACUUAAAAUCAUGCACUCAGCUUCCGUCAUUAGGUCAGCUGCCUGAACUUAAAGAGCUUUCUAUUGAAGAUGCAACCAAAAUAAAGAAAAUUGGGCCAGAAUUUCUUGGUUGUGAUGUCAAUUCAACCAGGAUUGCUUUCCCCAAACUUGAACGGCUUCAACUAUUGAACUUCCCUGAGUUGGAAGAAUGGUCUUUUGGCAUAGAAGUUGAGCAAAAUACAUCUCCAAGACUCAAGUUGCUUCCAUGUUUACAUAAACUAAUAAUCAGGAAUUGCCCAUUGUUGAAACAGCUUCCAGAAGGUCUAAAGUACUCUUCUAUGAAGUUUCUCGAGAUAGUUGGAGCUACAAGUUUGAAAUCAAUUGACAAUCUUCCUGCUGAAAUUGAGGAACUACAUUUAAGUUACUGUGAAAAAUUGAAAGUGGUUUAUUGUACCCCUACGUUAAAGAUGCUCGAAGUUCAAGUUUGCAAAGCUUUGUCUUGCGUGAAGAAGCUUGAUUCAUUGCAAAAAUUAUCUUUCAAUGAUUUUGAAGGGGAAAGCCUUCCAGAGUGGCUAUUGAUGUUUUUGCGACAACGGGGAUUGCAAAAUGAUUCUAAUGAUGACUUCCUGCUUGACUUGUACUGUAGUGAUGAGGUUCUUCGAAAAUGCGUAAAAGGAGGUUCUUAUUGGGACCUAAUUCAACACAUUCCACGAGUAAAAUUGUUCUCGGUGUCUGAGUUUGUCAAUGUAGUAAGCAACCUUAUGUUUCCAAUGCAAAUAUUUAAUUAAUUCAAUGUAGACUACUCUUUUGAUAUUUGCUAUUUGAUAGUAGUUUUUUA